AUGGGCGAGUUCAUUGUCCAUGUCAUGGCCCAGCCGGAAAAUCUAAAUUCAAAUUGGAUCAGACUUCCAGACGGCAAACGCCGCUGCGCGAACAAAAACAUCCCACUCUUCGAGUUGUUUGCUCAAAACCUGUUCGGAGGACAUAGGUUCGACAUAGACCGACGUUUUACAAACAUACUCCUCGGGAUUCCUGAUUCCCGAAAGGAUAGCUUCAUGUCUGAUGACACAGAAGACCUCGAUGGCGCUGUUACUGCAGCAAGGAGGGCCUUAGACGCAUCUUCCACCCCCGACUCGCAAGACUCUGGUGAGCAAAAUAUUCCCAAUCAAGCAUACCUGGAUCGUAUUCUGGACCUAUCCAUGGCUUUAUCCUCGCGAUAUGACCGCUUUGGAUCCUACGAGGAUCUGCAAGAGUCGCUUUCCCUGGAGCUGAAGGUUGUAAAGAUGCUACCCGAAGAUCACGCAGACCGCCCGCUCUAUCUCCACAACUUAUCCCAGUCCUUGCUUUCUGCCCAUACCGACCGCUUCACGAUCAGCUGGGAUGAAUAUCCUCAGUCUGAUAUUUUGGACGUGGCUGUUAGCUUCUCGCGACUUGCCGUCAAUAGCGCUGGUCCGAACCACACAAGUCUCCCACUUUACUGUCACGGGUUGAGCGGCGCACUCACCAUCCGCUUCCAGGAUCGAAAUGGCAACCAAGAUGUUAUAGAUGAUGCUGUCGCUGCAUCUUAUAGUGCUGUUAGCAGUAUGAGCGAAGAUCUCCAAACUCACGCCACAUAUUGUUUGGGUCUGACUCGCGCAUUAUCCGCUCGUUUUGCUAGGUUUGGUGACCAGUUUGAUCUGGAACAAGCAAUCGACUUCUCACGGAUUGCCUACGAGGCCUUUGACUCUUCGUCUACUCCCCGAUCUGCAGCUGCGUCGACCCUCGGAAAAGAGCUAAUGUCACGGUAUGGCUAUUCUGGCGACUCUCAGGAUAUGGAGGAAGCCAUCGAAGUUCUCUCGCGAGCUGUUGCUGAAACACCAGACGACCAUCCAUCCUCCCAGUCACGCCAUCUAAAUUUGGGUAAUGCUCUCAUGAGCCAUUACAAGCGAUACGGGGAUCGCGUACACGCUUCACAUGCCUUGAACCAUCUCAUCGCUGCUCGAGACGGACGCAACGAGCGAAUAUCACUGCUUGCCUUUUCUUCCCUUGGCGCUUUACACCAGACUUUAUACGAGAAUGGCAGUGGCGAGGACAAUGCAGUCGAAGCAGUGCAAUGCGCUCGCAACGCCCUCACGCUGCUCGAAGCCCGUCCGCAUUCGUCUUCGGACAGUGUCUUCUACCAGGACCGAUUGAGCGAUACUCUACUCACUCUCUACGACUCCACGAAGCAGGAGACAUGGCUACACGAGGCCAUUGGGCAUUCCUACGGAGCUGUAGCAGCUUGCCCCGAAGACCGUCCAGAGCGCUCUUCAUAUCUCGCUACUUUGGGGCUGACGUAUUACAUGCGUUCGCAGACCGCUUCUGCAGAUGCGGAGGACGACCUCUCGAAGUCGGUGAGGUACCUUCGGGAGUCUAUGACUGCGAUGGAUUCCCACAAUUCCCGUCUCCCUCAGGUGUCCACCAACUUCGCUCGUGCGCUGCUUGCUCUCGACGACGCUAGACGCGCUGUCAAAACAGACUCUGACAGCCUAACAGGGGAGGCGCUGAUCGAGAAGGCUUACGACCAUUACCGACGCGUUGUGUCUUCUAUGACCGCGCCACCAUUGGUCCGUAUAGAUGCUGCACAACAAUGGACAACCCACGCUCAGGCCAACAACCGGAUCGCGAUCUCACUCGAAGCGUAUCAGCUUGCCUUGGACCUCAUCCCUGAGGCUCUCUGGAUAGGUGUUGAUUUCACCAUGCGCGUUCAGGCUGCUUCGAGGGUAACCACGCUCGCUGGGGAUGCAGCGGCAUGUGCCAUAUCAUCCGGAAAUCUACCUCUUGCUAUUGAGUGGCUCGAAGGAAGAAGGAGUAUUCUAUGGCAGGAAAUGUACCAGACUAGUCGACAAAGAGUCGACUUGGAUGCUUUGCGAAUAGUAGACGAAGCUUUGGCCGAUCAGAUUUCCACCUCUGCGGAAAUGAUUGAGAAUGGAUCUAUGCGGCGUAAUCAACGAGGAUUCAACAUCCUCGAUAAGGACGGUUUUCCUACUGUCGGGGUGAUGGACGACAUAAGUCGGCGUCAACGGGAUGCUGCGAACGAGUGGCCUGCUCUCCUCGGAAAGGUGCGGAAGCUACCAGGAUUUGAACAUUUUCUGUUACCACUGUCCUUCGACCACCUUCGUCAAGCUGCUAGGAACGGGCCUGUUGUCUUCCUGAAUGGAACUCAGUUCCGAUGCGAUGCCUUAAUCCUCCUUCCUGACUCCGUGGAUGCGCGCCUGGUGGAAAUUCAGGCGAGCUACGAGGCCGUAUUGGCGAUAGCCUUGAAAUUUGUCCAAAUAGACAAGUUGCCGGGAAGAGGAUCACGACCUCAUAGGCCACCAGGGUCCAAUCCAGAGGAUGUGCUUCGCCGGGUCCUCGAGUUUUGCUGGAUCCAUGUCGUGCAGCCGCUUAUCCGCGUCUUGGACGAGAUACAACCAAUCCCACCUCGUACCAAACGCCGCAUAUGGUGGUGCUGCAGCGGUCCUUUCACUUCAUUGCCACUUCAUGCAGCUGGCAUCUACACCGAGAGGUCGCAAGUCCAAUCGAUAUCCAACGCCAUGGAUCUCCUGAUAUCCUCUUAUGUACCGACGCUGGCAACUCUCCUUCCCAAACCCACACAUCAUCAAACACUCAGUUCACCCGCAAUCCUUGUUGUAGCCGUCCCAAAUGCCCCGAAUGCUUCCUCAAUUCCUAACACUCUCAUUGAACUUCGUCUCAUCAAGGAAAUCGUCCCGAAGUCGACGCCUCUCCUCUCCCUCGAAUCCUCAGAAGCCACGAUCUCCGCUUUUACUACCGCACUUCAUUCCCAUUCGGUCGUCCACCUAGCCUGUCACGGUCGACAGAAUGCCCUACAACAGGACGUUCUCAAGAGCGCACUAAUACUGCACGAUGGCCCUUUACAGCUCUCGGAACUGAUUCAGACUCCCCUACCUCACGCCGAAUUCGCCUUCCUUUCGGCCUGCGAAAGCGCGACGGGGGAAACGACACUUAUGGACGAAGGGUUACACCUUGCGGGUGGAAUGUUAUUUAUGGGCUUUAGGGGCGUUGUGGCGACGUUGUGGGGCGUCUGGGAUAGGGAUGGGCCGAUCGUGGCGAGGGCCUUUUAUGAAAGGCUUUCUGAACUUCCUUCGUCAAGUUCAAAGAACGAAGUCGGUUCUGACUCGAAUGCGUCAUCAGGGUUGAACGAUGCAAACUCGGAGGGAGGGGGAGGUGGGAUAGGUCACGAAGGGGGACUGGAUGGGACUCUGGCGGCUGAGGGUUUGAACGAUGCGGUUCGGGUUCUUCGUGAUUCGGGUGUGUCUUUGCUUCGUUGGGUCCCUUUUGUUCAUCUAGGUGUUUGA